UGAAAAAAAAAACAUGCAAGGAUAAAUCACAAUAAAUACCGCAGGUAUUUCAUAAAAAAAUGUCAGUUUUGAUUUCGUGGUGACUUUAACUCCAUUUGCCACUCGCUGCAAUUUACCAAGAAGACAAAAUAAAAACAAGCCACCCAAUAAACCCAGCGUUAGCAUAAUCAAAAUAGUCACAGAUAUAGUUUUUAUGCAUCGGGAAAGUAAACAAGAGAAAAAACACAACAGUCCGAUUUAGUUCAAGGCAAAUUCAACGAAAACCUGGGGCAUAUUCAUUCAAGACCAUACCCUGACGGGCCUCCGCGAGCGGCCGUGCGCUCUCUACCCAACAGUGAUGGAUCCCGUCAUUGUACGUUCAUGCACUACGCAAGCCAGCGAUUCCUCAACCACAUACAAACCUGCACAGCCAAUCAGAUCUCCAAGGCAUGCGUCGCCCGGCAACGACCUCAAACUAUGCCAUAGAGAUCAGUGCAGUCGCGUACCUUCUGCGUGACGUGAGCGAUCCUCCUGUUUGUUUGUGUAGCUCGAGGAUGAAAAUGGCGGUGGGGAGAGAUCAACGCGAGAAUUAAACACACAAAUGACCAUUUGACUUGGAUGACAGCAGCACUGCAGCUCCGUGAGGGAAUAAAGAAGUACCUAUCGUCAAUCAAGUGCAUUUACAACAACAAACACCCAGAAUUCAACGGGGAAAAAACUGCGUCCUGGAUUUAAAAUAGCUCCUGAAAUUAGCCCGCUAACCUCGUUAGCUUAGCUAGCCUUCAACUGGAAGGUUUAACGGACACCACGGCACCACAUUAACGGAAUUAUUCUGUCGGAAUAAGAUGAACUCCGCUUUCUCGAAUUGCCUCUCAAAUGCAAGCUCGGUUGUAGGCGCUGGGCUUGUAGAAUUAUUAGCAUUUGACUGAAUGCAUAACUAAUCGCUCCAUCUGGCAGUAUUAGCCAGCAAACAUCAUCCUCCAGCCUUCUCAAAGUUCAACGAGCAUCUGUAAGAGGAGAACGGACUGAACAGGUUGCAUUGAGCACUAAUUUCCUCCUGCCUCCCCUAGUGGGAUGGUUCUGCAUGACAGGGAGGGUAUGGUUCUGUAACCCCCUCUCUGUCCUCCAUAAACCCAGUGGACCACAGCCAUAGUGUUCCCCUCAAUGAACAUCCCUCUGGAGCCCUAGAUCAAGUUACAUUGGGUGUCCAUUCUCUGCUGCCUCCCCCCGGUGGGAUGGUUCUGCAUGACAGGGAGGGUGUGGCGCCAUAGCCCCCUCUCCUUGAGAUCUCUCCCACCUCAUAAACCCAGUGGACCACAGCCAUAGUGUUCCCCUCAAUGAGCAUCCAUCUGGAGCCCUAGAUCAAGUGUGCAUAUGCUCAAAAUGAGUGCUGCAGGGGAAAAUGCCCUUGACCCCAACACCCCAGAGUCACGGAAGAGGAAGGGCUCUCCAUGUGAUACCUCUGGUCCCAGUGUGGAGAAGCGACGGCGCGAGCUGGAAUGCCGCUACAUUGACGAACUGGCUGAGUUACUAUCGGCCAACAUGAGCGACAUUGCCAGCUUGAAUGUGAAGCCGGACAAAUGCCACAUCUUAAAGAGCACCGUGGACCAGAUCCAGCAGAUCAAACGGCGCGAGCAGGAGAAAGCAGCUCUGAUGUCUCCAGAUGAUGAGGUGCAAAAGAGUGACAUAUCGUCCAGCAGUCAGGGGAUGGUGGAGAAGGAAGCCCUUGGGCCUCUCCUCUUGGAGGCCCUGGAUGGCUUCUUUUUCGUUGUGAACCGCGAGGGGCGCAUUGUGUUUGUGUCUGAAAAUGUCACCAGUUAUCUGGGUUAUAGCCAGGAAGAGCUGAUGACCUCCAGCGUCUACAGCAUCCUUCAUGUGGGAGAUCACAACGAGUUUGUGCGCAACCUGUUACCCAAGAGCCUUGUAAAUGGUGUCCCAUGGCCUCAGGAGCAAGGCCGGAGGAACAGCCACACGUUUAACUGCAGGUUGCUGAAAAGGCCUCCAGACGAGGUGGACUCAGAAAACCAGGAGGCCCGACAACAGUAUGAGCUCAUGCAAUGCUUCACGGUGUCUCAGCCCAGAGCAGUGCAGGAGGAGGGCGAGGACCUGCAGAGCUGUUUGAUAUGUAUAGCAUGCCGUAUGCCCCGUCCACCUCAGAUCCCUGUCAGUACGGAGUCCUUCAUCACUAAGCAGGACCCUACAGGGAAAAUCAUCUCUAUUGAGACGAGCGCUCUGAGGGCCACAGGCCGACCAGGUUGGGAGGAUCUGGUCAGGAAGUGCAUCUACGCGUUCUUCCAGCCUCAGGGCAACGAGCCCUCCCAUGCCAAGAAGCUGCUUCAUGAGGUGAUGACCCACGGCACGGCCAUCAGUCCUCUGUACCAUUUCACACUCAGUGACGGGACGUCCCUCAGUGCGCAGACGCGCUGCAAAUUCUGCUGCCCCCAAAACCCAGAUGUACAGCCCUUCAUCAUGGGCAUUCACACUAUAGACAGGGAACACAACACUGCUAGCUCUCAGGAAAACACUACCCCCAGCCUUCCAUCUCCUGCUGCCCCACCCUCCCGUUCACCUGCCCUCCAGCCCUCCAGUGACCUCAGCCUCCAUCUCAACAACAGCAACGGCACCUGUGCCACUCCUGGACCCCCCACACCCACUCCACCAGGCUACCUGACACCCAGUCGCAUUGGGCCCUCCCAGCAGGUCAGCAGCCCCUCUCCACUAGGCAGCCCUCUCACAUCCACCCCUACCUCAUUCAUGUCGCCCCGACCUCCACGGGGCAGCCCGGGCCUGGCCGGCAGCCCACGCGUGCCCGGCCAUCCUUUUUCCCCCUCGGCGCCCGGCAUCCAGUCGCCCGCUGGCGGACUGACCAGGCAGCAGUCUGGUGGCGACGGUGUCAGUUUCUCUCUCCCCUCUCCCCUACCACCCAGACAGACUCCAACCCCCAGCAGCUCCCCGGCACGUCAGCCACCGGCCAAACCGCCGGAAGCAUCCACUGAUGAGUCUAAGACAGUAGGCAACCCCAAACUCAACCAGCUCUUGGACGGCAACCCCGAUGUGGGUGCCUCCGAACACGACUCCCAACCCCGUCCCGCACCCGUGCCCCAAUGCCCGGGCUCUCACAGCAGCCUGACCGAGCGCCAUAAGAUUCUGCACCGCCUGCUCCAAGACAGCAGCCCUGCAGAUGCGGGCAAGGAGCCCGACAUCAAGAAGGAGCCUCCGACCAGUCCCAAUGCGGCCUUGGUAGCACGGGGGCUUGGGAAGGAGCCCCAGGACCACCAGCUGCUACGUUUCCUGCUGGAUACAGAUGAAAAGGACCUGGAGGACUUGCCACCUCCAGCCGCUCUCAGCCUACAGACGGUCAAGGUGAAGGCAGAGAAGAAAGGGAGCAGAGAGAACGUGCCCUGUGCCGCUGCUGCAGCCACCAUGUCUGCAGUCGCCUGCUCACCUCAAUCCAGUGACAAGCCCAGCCCGCAGUUUCCCAGUACCGAUCUGGACACUUUGAACCAGCUCUUGCCCACUCUCAGAAGCUCUGUGGGAGGUAAAUCUAUAGAGGAGCCAGUGCUAGUCCAGCCCAGUGAGGACAACCUUUCCAUCGGGGUGAAUGUGAAGAGAGAGUCACCAGGAACCUCAAGCCAAGCAUUUCCUGAUGGAUCAAACCUCUCGAAUCAGUCCUCUUUUGAGUUCUGCGACCCCUCUACACCAAACCAAGGUCAGGUCCAGGUGCCAGAUCUUGGGCAGACAGACCCGUUUCAGCCCUCAAAGGAGAGCAGCAGCCCCUUUGCCAGUCCAACCAGCCUCAACUCUUUCAACACCACCACAGGUCUGGCCAAGCUGGAGCUUACUGAUUCUCAGCAGUUCCAACCCUUGUCCCUGGUUGAACCAAUGACCUUCGAUAGCAGUUUGGGCAACCAGACACAGGCCCCUCUGUCCUCUCCUCAAGAGCAGUGCGUUCCGUGUCCGCUGGAUGAGAUGCUGUGUCCGCCCACCACUCCCGAGGGCCGUAACGACGAGAAGGCCCUGCUGGAGCAGCUGGUCACUUUCUUGAGCCGCACUGACGAGAGCGAGCUGGCCGAGCUGGACCGAGCUCUGGGCAUCGACAAGAUUGUUCAAAGUGGAUGCCUCGAACCCGUUACCCAGACCUUUCCUCAGUCUCAACCCCCAACACCUGUACCCAUGGACCCCAAACUGCCCAGCUACCCCUCUCAGUUCCCCACCUCACCCUCACAGUUCCCUGCUGAGAUGGGCACAACACAGGGCAUGAGUUUUGGGGCCCCACGGAUGGCGUUUCCAGGCAACGUGGGCAUGACGGUGCGGCCCGGCAUGAACCGAGCUCCUGGUGUGCCCAACCAGCUGCGGCUACCUCCCAACCAGCUGAGACUCCAGCUCCAGCAACGUUUGCAAGGCCCACAGCAGCUCCAAAACAGGCUUGCAGCCAUGGGCCAGUUCCCACAGGGGGGGCAUGUUGCUAUGGCGAUGCGUCAGGGCAUGCAGCAGCCUCAGAUGCCCUCUCAGCCUCCGCUCAACGCUCAGAUGAUGGCGCAGCGGCAACGGGAGCUUUACAGUUUCCAGCACCGCCAGCGACAGCUUCUGCAGCAGAAGGUCAUGCUGAUAAGGCAGGGGAUGAACACAGGGCCUCUGGGGGCUCAGCGAGUUCCUAAGGGUCCCCAGCAGCAACAGCCGCCACAACAGCAGCAGUUUGGCUUUCCUCCAGGCUACAAUGCCGUGCCUGGGAACACCCCUACCUCCCCGAGCCAUUUUAACCCCAUGGGAGGACCUCUGGACCCCAAGCUGCCUACCAGGGGGGGUAUGGGAAACCAAGGGAUUAUGGGAGGCAUUCAAGGGCAAUUUGGGGGGCCUGUGAACACUCCUGUUCAGCAGGGGCUUUUCCAGCAAUUUGGGGGGCCUGGCAUGAUCCAGCAAGCAGAUCCAUCCUUUGCUCCUGAGCUGAGUCCAACCAGCCCCCUGCUUUCACCUCAGAACUCCACCUCCCAGAGUCCUCUGCUCCAGCAAGCGCAGCCUCCACCUGGUUAUCAGUCACCUGACAUAAAGAACUGGCAGCAAGGGGCCAUGGGCAACAACAGUAUGUAUAACCAGGCAGGACAGCCUGUCUCUCAGAGCUUUGGGCAGCAAGGCGUUUAUAACAACAUGAGCAUCACCGUGUCAAUGGCUGGAGGGUCCGGAGCGGUGAGCACUCUACCUCCUAUUGGACCAUCUGUCGGCAUGGGCAACAAUAACCUUGGCAACGUUACUUCAAUGUGUAACGAUCAGGUACAGCAGGUUCAGGUGUUUGCUGAUGUCCAGUGCACGGUAAACCUGGUGGGCAGCGACUCCUACCUUAACCAGUCGGGGCCCAUCGGGACCCAGAAAGGCCCGAGCGGGACCCCCACAGCCCAGUCUCAGCAGAAGAGCCUCCUCCAGCAGCUCCUGACCGAGUGAGCCGCCCAUUUACCAUCUGCCAGAGGACUGACUGUCUCCACAUGUAGAGAUUUUUAUUCUUCACCUUUGGUUUCUAUACAGUAUAUCUGCAGGGUCGGUGUCUGGGGCCCAGGCUUGUGAGGUUUCAUAGCCGUUCGACAAAGUGCUCAUUCCUGGUCACCUUUUUAAACGCCUGUUUCCGAAAAGGAGAAAAGAUCACGUUCCAGAAUUUGCCAAGUCUUUAAAAAGGACCUGCUGCUUCUGCCGGCUACGCGUCCUUGUCAGUCAGGCCAACGUUGCAGUGCUUCUUGGAGAGCGGCGCAGCAGCUGAGCUCGGAUCGGUCGGAUUAGAAACUGGGGCAGGUUUUUGCCAUGGUGUUGCUAUGUUCAUGGUAUAUCGCUCAGUUUCAGCUGGAUCUGUGACUGAUAGGCUCUCCUCAGCAGUGCCUGAUGAUGGGAGGAAUUUCCCGCCUCUUUUUAUUUGUUAGUCUGUUCUGUUUGUUGUUGUUUUUUUUUUUUUUUUUUUUUUUUGUUUCGUUUGUUUUUGUCUGUUGUCGUUUUCAGAACAAGCAUCGCCAGGAUGGGAGACUGCUCUGUAGCGCGUAUCCGUCUGCCGCAGGCUUUCCUGGCAUCACUGUUUUGAAACAGCAGACCGUUUUUUUUUAACAAUGUCCUACACAUUUCCCCCCUCAGCAGCUGUGAAUACGAGCCACUUAGGGUCAACUCAGCCUAUCAGUGUUGUUUGCGGCGAUGUGUUGUGCAGGUUGGUAUUGUUGCACAGCACGGACGGACAAAGUUGGGACAAGCUCACACUUUGUAAUUUCCUUUAAAACGAAACAUCAAAUUUCAAGCAACUCUUGUUUUUUUUUCGAAAGCGUCAACAUAACACCAGUUCUUUUUUUUUCUUUUUUUUUAAUGGCUAAAUCUGUAAUGUCACUUUUUUGUUGUUUUAAUGAGUAAUCAUCCAGAGGGGUCUCAUGGCUCUCAUAUAUCAAGGUGAGAGAGACUCGGAUUUUUACGAUUGAUAUUGGUUAUCGAACACCCUGGUAAAUGUUACAAUUGCACACAGGUGCGAAAAAUGUAGAUUGUACAUUGAUUUUCAUUAUACAGUUGAGUGUUUCAAGGAUGCUCUUGAAAACCACAGGUGCUCUCUCCCGUCUGGAGGAGCGAGGUGUUGUCUCGCGCAACGUCCGCACCGUCGGCUGCAUUCUCCAGCUCUUUGACUGCUCAUGAGACUACUGUUGCCCAGUCAGACACUGUUCAUCAGCAUUAUCUUUUGUUCCUUUACCCACUAGUCACCCCCUCUCGUACAAUCGUACAAAUUUGAUCGAAACGAAGCUAGUUACGUGAACGGAAAAUCGAAAAUGUAAAUCAAAUUGACAUAAAGACUUGCCGUGGUCGAAAUUGAUGUCUCACCGUGUGAGCACAAAGUAUUUCACAAAUCGUGCAACGUAAUCGGAGCACAACUCGAAAUCGCGUUGCAUGCGCGACCGUCUCCCCUUCUCACGUAUUUUCAUUCUCCUUUAACGGUGUUCUUUUGUUCGUGACUCACUUCGUGGAGUUUAAGUGCCGUGUCUUUGUGCGUGCGCUCUGUAUACAAAGAAUGGCUCUUUUCCUCCAUUGCUACACCAGCUUCGAUUGUCCUUACGGGAAAAAAAAAGUACAAUUUCAUAAAGCGGAUCCUCAUUCGUCUACAAAAUUCAGCCGGCAGUAUGUACUGUUGAGAUCGAGCCACUUUUUGCUAUAAAUGUACAUAGACAUUACAAAAAGCAAGAUGAAUUGACAAAUACAUAACAUUUUAAGUCUGACCGGAAAAAAAAAAAAAAAACACAGACGUCGUAAUUAUUAAUUUCUGCCCUCCUUUUUGAGGAACAGGCAUUCCUGUAUAGAUAAAAUGGUUUUUAUGCAGUGGAUAAGAUUCAUUUAAUGAACCCUACCUUUCAUCAUUACCGUGUUUAUGCCAAAUAUACCAAACUAGCAAACAGCGCCUAUUAAUAAUGUUUUUAUUGUUUCGUUUUUUCGUUUAUAACGGCUCUCACAGUCAGUACACAACAUCAAGGUACAAUAGAACUAUUCAGAACCUGGAUUAUCAAAGUAUUGUGUAUAUAACAGAUAAAUGUGAAUAUGUAUCUGUUCAGAAUCAACAAAAUGUAGUGCUCCGAGUUUGUGGUAAUAACUACUUGCUUCCAUUUUGUUUGUUUUUUUUGUUUUUUUGAGAUAUGUAUGGCUGUCUGAAAGCGUGUAUGUGUGUGAUUAAUACUGUAUAUCUGGUGUUUAAAAUGGAAAAACAGACAAAUGUCCUGAUUUAGAUUUUCUUUCUUUUAUUUUUUCUUCUUCUUCUUCUUCUUUUUUUUUUUUUCUUUUAAAUACCUGCAACUUUUCCUGUGGGUGUUGAGAUUGCUCUAUAUGUGAGAAUGGUUUAGCGACUGCUGAAUGUGACUUUGCUGAGGGAGAAGCAGCAUGGACUGGCUUUUGUACGGGUUAAUUUAAAAAAAAAAAAAAAGGCCAUAUUAUUUAAUUUCUCUGUUGUCAAAGUUUAAACAGCUCUGACAAAGUGGAACCUUGGUUUGAGAACAGCGCUGGCUCGCUGUAGUGGGGUUUGUCAACCGCCUGAUGUAGUUUUGCCGUGUGUAAACGCUCUUAAGACAAGAACGGAAUAAUGACCAAAGCUUCAAGAUACUAAAAGAUUCAUAUCAUAUGCAAGGUUCAUGCAAUUGGACAAAUGUAGCAUUGAGUUUUUCCUGAAUAGGCGUCCCAUAUCCCGUCAUGUUUAUAACACUACCAUUUUGUUCCACACUUUUAAUUUAUUGUUUAGACAUCACCUCCCCUAGCUGGUUUGAUUAUUUUCGAAGAUGUUCGGUUGUGAAUUAUCUUCAGACAUUCCCCCGUUGCUACUGAUCUACCAAACAUGCAAAUGCCUCUUCGGGAGGAACUUUAGUCACAGUUUUCAGGAAGACAGAUUUCUAACCGCCAGCUAUGCACGUUUAGAGGUUAAAUGAAAAGCAUUUGGCUUUUGUUUUAAAACCGACACGACUCAAAACCGAUUAUUGCUUUGACUGCAGUAUUCUAGCCAUGCAUGCUAACAAAUAGCUCCUGUUUUUCCUCUAUUUUGUUUUUUUAAACUCAAGGAUAUACAUAAUUUGUAGGUCGAAACAAGUGGUUUUGAGCUACUCGGGCUAAAAACGAGAAAACCGUACUGAUGCAACUCUACUUAGAUAUUUGACUUUAUUUAGCUGGAUUCUUUAUACCAAAUUUGAGGUGCCUCUUGUACAUAUUUUCAGCAUAGAGGACUGCUCCUCACCAUUUGAUGAACGUUUUCUUGUUUAUGAGGAUUUUCUUAUACUGACCUUUGUAAGACUUUUGCUGUAUUUUACAUGAAUUUUUUACUAAAAACCUAAAUGUACCAGGAACUUGCAAGGAAUACAAUCUAGUUUUGCACUUUACAUGAAUUUCAAGGAAAGAGGCCAUGUCAAAAUCAGAAUAUAUGUUCGCGAAAAAGAACGAAUACCCCCUGAAUGUACUUUCGCCAAGUGAAACGCCAUUUCGCUUUCCACGGAAAAUCAAAAAAAAAAAAAAAAAACGCUUCUCAGGUUCUUCAGGAAGAACUUGGCUUGUCAGGCCCUCAUCAUUGGAUCUCUUAAACGAGCAGGGUAGCGGAGCCUUUGCUACAUGGGUGUUGUUUCUGCUGCAGAACCGUAGAUCUAACUAUGCCUAUCUUCUUCAGGUGCUCCACCUCCCCUUUGCCCCGUCCUUUUAGACCUCCUGGCUUUAUCUUUUGAAGACAUUCCUCAUCUGACUCUGCUUUCUGUUCAUCGCGGUCUGCGUCGUAGGCUUUGAGAGUCGUUUCAGGCCCCGCAGGCUCAGUGCCAAGUGCUAAAAACCAUUUAUGCAAACUCGUACAAUCUGCAUUUCCUCAUAUCAUAGUAGUGAAUCCUACGCAUCGACCACCACACACUCUCCUCGUCAUUCAGAUGUCAUCUCUACAUGGUAUCAUCUACAGUAGCUACUGUUUACCUGAGAUUUUUCACAUAUUGUAAGUGCUGCCUUAUUAAUAUACAGAUAUAUUAGUUGUAUUGGUGAAGGGAAGUCGUGCUUGUAGCUCCACUGAAACGGCGCUCGUUCUUUCAAGGCGAGGUUCCACUUUUCACCUGUAAAAUUAAUAUAAAUAAACAAAUAUAUAUAGAUAUAUACAUUUUACUCAUUUUGUCCAGUUUUGUAUAAUACUUGUGAACUUUUUUUUUUUUUUUUUUUUUCUUAAGAGGUAUCAUUGCAGCUGUGUGUGGGACAUUAUGAAUGAAGAUGUAUCUGGGAGACUUCUGCAUGUUUUGUCAUGUUUUUAUUUUGUUCGUUUUUUUGUUUUCUCUAUAUCCAGGUUUAUCUGGAGAAUCCUACCUUUCUUAGGACGUUGUAGACAAUCAGUCACAUGCUGGGUCCAGCACCUGUAGGAUUGUCCUGCAGGCUGCAAAACUGUGUUUCGCAUCUACUGAAUCAGUCUUAUUUUUCUUGUCCAUUUCAUGGAAUUAUGUGGCUGCUCAAACUGAGAUUUGAAGUUUACACACAUACAUUUACACAUACACACACACACACACGCAUACACAUACACUAAGACAAACAAGAAACGUUCACUCACACCUCGUGCAUAUGGCCCCUUUGUUGCUUUUCCAAGGUGAAGAUGCAUACCUUGAAGGAAAUUAUGCUUUUGACUAACAAAUCUCUAUAACAUCCAUGAAUGUGAGAAUGCAACACAUUGCAAUAAAGCACCAUGUAAAAAAAGGA